AUGGACGAGCUCUCCGAACAGGCACACCAAUUGCAUGAGAAGAUGUUGGAGGUGGAGGACUCCCUCCAUAACCAACAUAGCAUGCAAAAGCUAGCUCAUCUUGAGAAUACCACUGAUUUAAUGAAACUCAUUCAAGAAUUGGUUGAUCGUAAGUUGUGUAAGUUGAUCAAACAAAAUGGAGAGUUGAUGUUCAAAGCAGUUCCACAACUGGAAGCCAUGCUUGUGAAUCAGAUGACCGAUGAUGAACAGAUGAUUUAUUCAUAUAUUGAAGCUAGUGGCAGAGAAGGACUUUGGGUUAAAGCCCUUAAAGCAAGAACAAAUUUACAUGAGAAGGUAGUUAACAAAUGUUUAAAGUCAUUAGAAGGACAGAAAUAUAUCAAAACCAUUCAAUCAGUACAACAUCCUACAAGAAAGAUUUAUAUGUUGUACAAUUUACAACCAGCAUUAGAUGUUAUAGGUGGACCAUUUUUCACUGAUUCAGAAUUAGAUACAGGGUUUGUAGAAGGUUUAGGACUUUUGAUAUGGAAAUUUGUGGCCACAAGAUCGUAUCCUCAUUUCUUUCAACCUGAUACAUUAGCUAAUCCUGUUCAAGCAUCAUAUCCUGCUGGAUAUUCUGGAUUUGCAACUUUAGAUGCCAUAUGUGAAUUUAUUCUUAAUAAUGAUGUGACUAAUGUGGAAUUGAAUUCUUCAAAUAUAAGAAGUUUAUGCAAUUUAUUGGUAUACGAUGAUAAACUUGAACUUGCCAAUAAUUCCUUUGACCAAUAUACAGUUCCGUGGCAAAGUUUGGUGGAAAGUAAAUUUGGUAAAGCUUUUGAAAGUCAAAAUAAUCUUAGUCCUCAAGAUUCAACUACCUUUUCAAUAUUUGACUAUGGGAGUAAAGUACCUGUUGAAGAAGAGGAAGAGGAUAAAAUCUAUUUAGAUGCAUGGAGUCACGAUUAA